UAAGCCCCGCCUCCGUCCAGCCUCAGCCCCGGGGUCUCUGGCCUAUUGGGGACCCGCUGCGGGAGCCCCGGAAGCCUCCCGGCCCCCUGCCGCCCAGCCUGCGGCUCCGCUCUCAGCCGCUUUCUCUACCUCUCCCGUCCCCCUCCGCUCGUGCUCUCUCGCCGCUCGGUCAAAUAGAAGAAGAGAAAACUGGAAGACGCGCGGAGCAGUUUCUCCCGGACAGACGUCGAGUGACACUUGUGUGAACAGAAGUGUGUUCCGGCGGAAAGCCAGCGCCGGCCCAGGCCCGGCGACAGAAAGCACGCUCCGCUCCCCGGCCCGCGGGUUCGUUCAGAAGCCGCCCCAGACUUGGGGUCGCGAUGCAGCCCCCUGCCGCCAGCAGGUUCACGCUGGGCCUCCCGGUCCUGCUGCUGGUGGCCUGGGUCACGGCGGCGGCGGCGGCGGCGGCCGGAUCGGUCGUGGGCGCGGCGAGCAGCGGGCGAGAGACACAUGCUCUCUCUCUUUCCUACAAUUUCAACAUCACAUCUCGGGCCAGGCCUGGACAACCAUGGUGUGAGAUUCAAGGCCUGGUCAAUGGAAACCAGUUUCUUUCUUACGACUGUCGGGGCAAGGAGGUCAAACCCGUUGGUCCUCUGGGGAUGAAGCUGAAGGACACAGCGUUUUGGGAGAGACAAAAGGAAACUCUGGAAGACCUGGUGGAAGAGCUCAGAAGGAAACUGCUGGACAUCAAAACAGAGAUUUUCACUAAGAGCCAUCCUCUCACCCUGCAGGGCAGGCUGGUGUAUGAGUGUGGACCGGACAGACACCCCAGAGGAUCCUGGCAGUUUGCCUUCAAUGAGCAGAUAACCCACCGCUUUGACCCGGAGACCGGAAAUUGGACAAUGGUGCCUCCUGAGGACCAGCGGUUCCAGGGCACGUUGGACAGUGACGGAGAGCUGACCGGCUUCCUCAUGAGGAUCUCAAACGGAGACUGUAAGGGCUGGCCCCAGCAAGUACUGGAGCACUGGGAUGAAAUGCUGGAGACAACAGGAGCACCAGCCACAACCCCAGGUGUAGUCCGAGCCAAAGGCACAGCCAUCAAGCUGAUCACCUCCAUCCUCCCUGUGCUCCUCACGUGCUCAAUCCUCCCUGGCAUCCAAGGCAGACUCCUUUGAGUAACAGGGGCUGAAGGUGCUACAAGAAGCCCCUGAGGAUGUGCUGUCAUUCACCCACUCUCCCCUCUGGUGGGUGGCCUUUCUUCCACCUGCUGUUCAUGUCAACCAACGGGAGCUUCAAUCCCUAUCGCAAAGGCAGAAUCCUCCAAAUCCUCCAGGAGAUCAUGAUUAUGGUGGAGAUACAAUAUUUCACUGCCUUCAUUCUCGGUCAUGAUGAUCCUCCUCUGCACUUUUUCUUAACACUGAUGCUCUGGUGCUCACUGUUGGGAUUCCUGCACUUUGCCUUCUAACUGGCUGAACAAGAAUUAUGAACAAAGAGAAUAUUUCCCAAGUUCUCCUUUGGUAUCAGAAAUCAGACACUUGUGAACAUCAUGAGCUGUUCGUUGUUAAAAGAAUACUGUGUGAAAGUAGAAUCUCAGGGCUUCUUUCUCUUUUUUGAAACUCAGGUCUUUUAAAUAGAACAAGAUUAGGGCACCUGGGUGGCUUAGUCGUGAUGUGUCUGCCUUUGGCUCAGGUCGUGGUCCCGGGGUCCUGGGAUCGAGCUCCGCAUCGGUCGGGCUCCCUGCUCAGCGGGAGGCCUGCUUCUCCCUCUCCCACUCCCCCUGCUUGUGUUCCCUCUCUCCUGUCUCUCUCUCUCUGUCAGAUAAAUAAAUAAAAUCUUUAUAAAUAAAUAAAUAAAUAAAUAAAUAAACACAA